UCUCUCAACUCUAAUUGAAGGCAAAGCUAGCCGCCGUUGCUGUCAAACUCUUUCCAUCACUGAUUCACUUUCCCUGGAAGCAUUUCCAAAGUUCUUCUAACAAUUAAGAAAUUGAGAAUUUAUGUUAUUGGUUUUGUCACAUAAAAUCACCUUAAUUUGUCUUACCCAGAAUGGGAAGGAUUCCAUUAUGCAGUGCAGAUGGUUUGAAGAGAGGAGCCUGGACAGCUGAAGAAGACCAGAAGCUCAUAGCUUACAUACAAAAACACGGUGAAGGAGGUUGGCGUUCCCUGCCCAAGAAAGCUGGUCUUCGAAGAUGUGGGAAGAGCUGUAGACUGAGAUGGGUAAAUUAUCUGAGACCUGGUGUUAAGAGGGGAGACUUCACCUCGGAUGAAGCUCAAACCAUCAUUGAACUUCAUGCUGCAUUAGGCAACAGGUGGGCAGCAAUAGCCAGGCACUUACCAAAGAGGACAGACAAUGAGAUUAAGAACUAUUGGAACGCUCAUCUCAAGAAACGCUUAGUUAAUUUUGGUAUAGAUCCGGUGACUCACAAGCCUGUUGGCACCGCUCGUGGCACCUCAUCCAGUGAAAAUUCCAACACUACUGUGGUCAAUACAGACUCAAUGAUCAUUCUUGAAGAAAAUGCAACAUCCAAAGAAUCUGAACCCACAUCGCAACAGCCAACAUCAUCAAGGUCCGCUUCAGCUUCAGCUUUACUGCUCAAUAAGUUAGCCAGUAGGGUCACGACAUUGCAGUGUGUUGAUCUUGAUCCCGUAAGAACUUGUCAAAGAUUGCAAACAAUGUCAUUUAACAGUACUACUAACGAUGGUGGUGCCAAUAGUGAAAGUUCUACUGCUACAAUUUGCCACCCUACAUCAAGUUGUCAGGGAAAUAAUGCAUCAAUAGCACUAGACACGUCAGAUUAUUGGCCGGAUAAUAUUUCUGAUCCACUUACAACACCUUUAAAUUGCUUAGAUUUGUUGAAUAUAGUACUUUCUCCGGUGUCAGCAGAUCAUGGAAAUGCCAGUGAUGACGGUGGUGUUAGUUUUGAUGCAAACAUCGAGUAUCCUGAUCUAUCUGAUGCAUUAAGCAUCCUAGAGGGUAAUGCAUCUGAACCUGCAAGGUCUUGUUCGAGUACAUCGUCUCGAGUUUUAAACAACAUGGCUUCCAAAUUCGCUUCAUUGCGCUGCAUUGAUGAACUUCACAAUUGGCAAAACCGCAAAAACAUUUCACCAGGACCAAUCCAAGGUGACCAUAGUGUUACUACAACAACUAUCGGUGAUGGUGGACUUUUAACCAACGGCAUAAAUAUUGAUGAUAUGAUCUUUGAUACGGCAAGAGUAGAUCAAGGGAUAAGGAAGAUGGAAGUUAGUACACAAAAGCAAAUCAGGGAGGUUCAGGACGACAGUAGCAGAAACGAUAAUGAUACAACAAGACAAAUUGAUAGGAACAAUACAAGAAGAACCAAACUACAAGCAUUGGUAGAGGAAAAUAACAAUGGAGUAGAGGUAUCCAAAACUACAGAACUAAAUGAUUUAGCCCAGUUAACAGGUGAGAGGGAGGUAAUAGAAUAUAUUGCCAGGGUGGACGAUGAGGUGCUUCAUUGGUUGGAGAGAAGUGCUAUAGGUUUUUGUAAGGAAUAUUUUGAAGAGGAUGAUUUACUGGAGAUAAAACGAAAAAUAGGAAAGGAAGUAAUCAUAAGGAGAUUAUCAGAUUAUUCAUUUCUGAUCACAUUUGAAGAUGAGGAAUCGUUUGAAUUCAUGAUGGUGAAGAAUUGGAACGUACUAUCCAGUUGGUUCAAAAGGGUUGAGAUACGGUCUGAGAAGUCCACUUCCAGUAAAAGAGGUGCAUGGGUAACCUGCUAUGGGAUCCCUUUUCAUGCACGGUGCAUAUAG